AUGGCGCACACGCGCGCGAACAGCCCGCCGGCUUCGAAUGGCGCUGCAGCCGUCCAGCCGGCUGCCAAAUCCGAAUCUGCAAUGCCCAAGCUGAACAACGAGGUCGAGCUCGGGGACCUCCCCAGCGAUGCCGCCCAGAACGACAUCAUGCAGAUGGCGAGGAUAGGAGACAUUCCGGGCAUGCAGAAGCUGUUCGACGCCGGCGAGUUUGAUGCGACGUACACGGACGACGAGGGCAUCACGCCGCUACAUUGGGCAGCCAUCAACAACCAGUUCGCUAUGUGCAAGUUCCUCAUCGACAGCGGCGCCGAGAUCAACAAGAAGGGAGGCGAGAGCAUUGCGACGCCUCUGCAAUGGGCCGCCCAGCGGUGCCACUACUACACGGUCCACCUUCUCCUCCAGCACGGCGCGGACCCGUUGAUCACCGACGCCCAGGGUUACAACACGUUGCACAUCAGCACCUUCAACGGCAACGUCCUCCUCAUAGUGCUGCUGCUCCACCAGGGCAUCCCGGUGGACGUGGAGGAUGCCUUUGGCCACACGGGCCUGAUGUGGUCCGCCUACAAGGGGUUUCCGGCCUGCGUCGAUGUCUUUCUGCGGUGGGGCGCGAGCGUGCACGCAAAGGACGAGCAGGGGUUCACGGCGCUGCACUGGGCUCUCGUCAAGGGCAGCCCGGGGUGCGUCCAGAAGGUCAUCGAGUACGGCGCGGACAGGUUCGCCAAGACCACGACUGGCAAGACGCCGUCCAUUACGGCGCAGGAGCUAAACACAACUGGGGCGUGGCACAAGGCACUUAACGAGUGUGGCUACGACGACGACGGCAACGCCAUCGUGCCGAGCUGGCCAGGCGCAUCCUAUCUCCUGAAGGACAGGCGGGGAUUCAUGACCAAGUUCUUCUACCUGUGGCCGUUCCUCAUGGUCUGGUCGUUCCUGUUCAUCGUCUCGGGCAUGCCCGUCUAUGCCGGCGUCCCAAUCGGCUUCGUUGUCGCCUAUUCCGUUCAUUGGGUGGGCCAGCAGGUGCUUGCCUACGCGCCUCCGAAUAUGAGACAGUUCGAGAAGACGCCUUGGAUGUCUGGCAUCUUCGCCGCGUCCCUUUUCCUAGUUGGUACCAAUUGGCUCUUUACCGUUUUCCCCAAGACGGCGUUUGGGUCUGAUCCAACAUGGGUGCUCAAUCUUGCCUUUGCCGUUUUCUUUUCCUUCACGGCCUGGUUCUACGUCAGAUGCAUGGUCGACGACCCGGGUUUUGUACCCAAGCUCAACGGCAUAGCUGAGCAAAAGGCCGUCAUCGAUGAGCUGAUUCAGACUUGGAGGUUCGACGAGUCCAACUUUUGUGUUACGUGCAUGAUCAGGACGCCGUUGAGGAGCAAGCACUGCCGGAGGUGCCAGCGCUGCGUUGCCAAGCACGAUCACCAUUGCCCGUGGGUCUAUAACUGCAUCGGGGUCAAUAACCACAGGCAUUUCUUCCUUUACUUGAUCAGCAUGGCCUUUGGUGUCAUUACGUUCGACAUUUUGACCUACAAUUAUCUUUCUGUCGCUUCCGCCGGUGCCUCGGAGGAAUGCAACAUCCUCUCUCCAUCGCUCUGCCGCGUCGUCAAUGCCGAUGCCCACAGCUUGCUCCUCGCGAUGUGGGCAUCGCUGCAGCUGACGUGGGUAUCCAUGCUCCUAUUUGUGCAGUUCAUACAGGUCACGCGCGCCAUGACCACGUACGAAAACAUGUUUGGCGUGGGCAAUAACGCUUCGGCGUCGCUCAACAGUGCCUUCACAUCGACGGGCGCACCUCUCGACCCCUCCCAGCUUCCGCCUUCGGGAUCCGCUGCGCAACCUGAUGCCGGAGGCCACGGUCAUGGUCACGGCCACGGCGGCCACGGCCACAAGCAUGGCGGCAUGCUCAAGCAGUGGGGCAGGCUGCUGGGCGUCGACGCCUUUGUCGAGACCGCCACUGGCCGGGGCGCUGCCACCAACAAGAACAACAAGCGCCGCAGAUCCAACCCCUACAGCCGCGGUUGCCUGACAAAUUGCAAAGACUUUUGGUGCGACCCAGCUCCCCUACUAGGCAAGCGCGAGACGGGCGCCGCUAUCCUCGACGGCCAACCUGUCAACUACACCGAGUUGUACGAGAGCCCGACCAUGAUGGAUAGCGCUCCUAGAGCCCGGAGAUCGGGCGGCUAUGAGGCAGUGGCCGAGGAAGAGGUAUGA